AUGAAGGCAUUCUGUCAGCUUCGCCCAGCCGUCCCUCUUUCCAUCUCUGGAGUCAUCGUCGCUCUUCUCUGCAACUCUGCCAGCCUGGGCCUGGCGACGCGGGCUCCAGACAGCGCCAACGAAACGACAGCGCUGCUUCAACUCCAUGCAGGGCGAUCACGGGCGGAGGGUGCCAAAGCACCAGAAGCUCUGCUGAAGGGAGCAAUCCACCGCGCCAUCGAGGCGUUCGCAGGCCGCUUAGAUGACAGCGAGUGCAGAAGGAACCAGGAUGUUUUCGAUGGGUUUACGAACUUCAUGAUCAUCCCGAAGCUUGGCAAGAAGCUUCGCCCCUCGCUGAACAGAUUUGAGCGCCGAUGCGGAGAAGAGCUUCAGAGGCAUGCAGAACGUUCGUUGGCGGCUGCGUCUUCUUUUCAUGAGUUGGCCAAAGCCAGUCAGGAGAUCUUCUACCUCCAUUCGUUUCUAGGCUACCGCAGAGAUCCACUGCAAGCCAAGCUUAUGGACGCCUGCCGCAGAAUUGCUUCUUCGCUUGAUGUGGAUGGCGACGAGGACGUUGAACGGGUCCUGUCCAAGGUGUACGGCACCAGCUUAUUCCUCGACUACGGCCACGGCUUGCAUUUUAGCUGGUCUCAUGAAAAUGCCAGCAAAGCCAUCAUGGAGUUCGAAGACCUUGUGAUACACCUCUUUGACAAGUCUGUUACCGGUCUCAAUAUCACUGAGUGUCUGGGAAGUCGCGGCUGGAAGCUGCCAAAUGUUUAUGAGGACUUCAUGUCGGUGCUCAGGACAAAAAUCCGACCCUACCCUGACCCGCAGGAAAUGGACACCAAAGUGCUGUAUCGCACCAUGUACUUUGUGACUCACCUGGUCUACUUCUUUUCAGGCUUCGGCCUCGAGACUCUCGAAGGGACGGCCAGGUUGGAGCUUGAACCCGAGCGGCGCUUCUUGAAGGCACAGGGAAAGGGCACAGGGAAAGGGUGUUUUUUGGUGCGGUGUUCCGGGCAAAAGGGGGGGCUCUGA